AUGUCGACCCGGAGCAGAGUUCUCUCGUUCAUUUCCAGCUUCAAAGACCGGGACGCACCAAAGAACACAACGCCUGCUGCUGCUCCUGCCGCUGCACCUCCGCGUGUGGCGGAGGAGCCUUUCUCCACGCCCAGAACCCCACGGAUCAGAAGCAAUACUACGAAUACCCCUCAAACGCCAUACAGUCAGUAUCAGAGCCAGUACGAUGGAAGCUCUACCCAGCCCGGUCAGCGACAGCGCGCAAUGUCGAAUAGGCCAUUGUCCAUGAUCCAGACAUACCAUCCUUCCUUAAUGGAUGUCACCCAGGAUACCCUGCCUGAACUGCAACCAAUAUUCACCUUCCUGAACAGCCAUGCGAAUAAGCUAUACCAGGAGGGAUACUUCUUGAAGUUGGACGAUCAGAAUACGCAGGGCAAACCCAACGCAGAUAGAAGCUGGACAGAGUGUUUUGCUCAACUCGUCGGUACUGUGCUGUCGCUUUGGGACGCUUCAGAGCUCGACGAAGCGGGCCAAGAAGGGGAGGUGCUUCCCAAGUUUAUCAAUCUCACCGAUGCUUCUAUCAAAAUGAUCGAGGCACUUCCUACCCGGUCAGAUAGUGAGGCGCCAUUACAGAACGUUCUGAGCAUUUCCACCGCCGGCAAGAAUCGAUACCUUCUACAUUUCAACUCCCAUCACUCCCUGAUUCAGUGGGUGGCGGGUAUCCGACUCUCUAUGUUUGAGCAUGCUACGCUACAGGAGGCAUACACCGGGGCGUUAAUCGCGGGAAAGGGAAAGGCUCUGAAUAAUAUCAAUAUGAUCAUGGAUCGCGCCAGAAUGCCCACAGCGGACUGGGCGCGGGUUCGUUUUGGAGCUGGAACUCCUUGGAGGCGGUGUUGGUGUGUCAUCUCUCCUCCUGACGAAAAGGAAGUUCAGAAGAUACAGAAGCAACUUCUCAAGAAAAAGUCCGCCUACGAUCAUUCCAGGCCCCCGAUUUUGAAGGGAGACAUCAAGUUUUAUGAUACCAAGAAGACCAAGAAAGUCCAUCCGAUUGCCACUAUCACCGACGCCUACUCAGCCUUUGCUAUAUACCCGCAAUCAAAACCACUAAUAGAUGCUUCGACCUUGGUCAAGGUAGAGGGCACCAUAACCAUCCACUCAAGCCCACCCUCGACAUCUGAAGGAUUUGUCUUUGUGAUGCCAGAGGUUCAUCCCGCGGUUACUGGAUUUGAGAUGAUGCUCCGUUGGUUAUUCCCCGUUUUCGAUACCUUUGGCCUCUACGGGCGUCCAGGGCGGUUGAUUGCCGACACAACAGAUUCCCGGAGCCUCAUGUUUGCGAUGCCGAAGCAUCGAAGAUAUGGAUACUUGGAGAUUCUUGAUGUUUCAGGUCUUAUCUUGGAGUCCGGAAGUGGGAGCUGGAAAGAGGGCGAAUGGAGGAAGAGGAUGAAGGCACUCACUUCCAAGCGAAUGACGGUUGUGGAGAACAGCACCCAGGCGAACAUCAGGCACAGCAGCAGGAGAAGCACACGAAACAGCUUUGGUCCAUCUCACAGCCGUAUAAGGUUUGACGAUGGUGCCUCCAUCAGAUCCUCCCCACCAAAAACGUCCGGCCCGGGCCAAACUGAUGGUGCUCUUGGUGGGGUGCCACGAACAGAUUCUGCUCCACCUGGCACGGGUGCUUUUGCUCUCCCACCUACGGCGCAGACAAGUGCUCAUGCCAGGUCAGCUUCCGAGAUACAGGGAUUUCCUGGGUAUGAGGAACCAGUAGCGGCUUCUUACGAUGGCGCCUACGACAUGGCUCCUACUCCCCCGCCACAUGCUGCUGGAGUCACUUCUGCUCAUGGUUUGACUCCAGGCUACUUGGCUGAGACGGGCACCACUCCAGACCGUGUCAGUUCUGAGGAUGAAUAUGUCGCUAGAUCAACUCCGGUCCGAGAACUUCAAGAGCUUCAGGGUAGCAAUACCCCUGAGCCAGUUGCGACCCCACCAGCCUUUUCACACGCCCCAGGGUCUUUGCCCAUUGCAAAGCCUUACCAAUCUCCAGAUAUUCUCAGAGAAAACAGCCGGAUGUCAUCUGCUACGUUAUCGCAAUUGGCUGGCGCCGCAGGUGUUGCUGGCGUCGUGGGAUACAAUGCGCACGGAGAUGCAGUAGGAACAGGCCAUAAUCAAAGACACCAGAACGUGGGCCCGGAGGAAAAUGGGAACAGAGGGGUACAGCCAGUUGCCAACCUAAAGGAAAAUCCUGCUAAUAGUGACGGUCUUGAAGGCGUGGUAACAGCAUCCAAACCCCGAUUUUCUUUCGAAGGGCCCUCACAUGUUCCAAGAACGGACUUCGACACUCAACCAAAUCAUUCUCACCCAUCUCUGCCAUUACCUGACACUUCUCAUCAUCCUCUUCCGAAUCCGCCGGCCGAUUCCAGCGCAGGACCGCAGUCCCUUCCCCGAGAUCAACUAUUUACAAUUCGUACGUAUGAGCCAGACCAAAUUCCUUCAUCUUCCAAUACACCAGUUGCACCCAUCGGCCACGGCCAUUAUCCCCAGCAGUCAGUAGACUCUACUUCCAGGAUUGCCUCCCAACCGUCCCGCCUUCAGACGCGCGCAAGCAUUGUUCGAAAACCUCUUCCCCGGAACUCGAGCAUCCGAACGCCCGUCUCAGCCGAGACACAAUCAAGCGGAGGCAGCUUGGGACAAUAUGCUAUUGACCAAGCAGCUUUUGAUAUGAUUGGUCGCGGUAACCACAGAGGCAUGCCACCACCAGAGCAGAAAAUUUCCCGCCAGGAUACCGAUGCCAGUAGUGAGUACGAUGAUUGCGCGUCAACAGUAUCUCCAGAUUAUGCCAGUACACAUCGGUCUGACGAACCUCGCCAAUCGAUCGAGAGACCCCGAGCGGGUGUAUUGAAGACGGUUGGUAACGCGAGUGAAACUGAUGGUUCAUCGGUUACUUCACCACCAAUCGAUAUUGAUUUUGGACCAACUUACAACCUCACUUCCCAUAGAGCUCCCAGCCCUGGCCCUACGCUGGCUUACGAUAGUAGAGCUGCCAGCCCUGGUCCAGCGCAAGCUUUUGGUGCGAGAGCUGCUAGUCCUGCCUUCAACUACCCAUCGUUUCAAGGUAGCCCCGUCAGAAAACCUGUUAGCUAUGAUCAACCAAAAACUCCGGGACGCAAGGCUGUCACGCCCGAGAAUGCCCAUUAUCGGAACAAUUCAUCUGAAAGCCGCACGGUGGCCUGGCAGCCUGGCAUGUCUGCCAGCGGCAACGCAGGGAAACGAAUGUCAAUCACUGCCGAGCAGUUUGUACAGAAACGAGCCUCCAUGCAACCUGCGAGUCCGCUCUAUUCGCAUCAACGUCAAGCAUCAAGUAAUACCCUUCGCGCCAAUUCCUCGACGCCGUCUCUUUUGAAUCGAAAUAGCGACUUCUACAGCCAUUCGCGGAACAACUCCACUGAUAUUAUUCAGAGACCGGGUUCGUGGGGUGCAGGCGUUGCCCUUGGUCGAUCUGGGACCGGGGAUAUGACUACUGCGCUCUCCGCACGCGAGCAAGAGAAAGUAGCGAAGAUGACAGGAACGCCAUUGAUCAGCAUGGCUCAAAACAGCAAAGCUCACGCUACCCCGAGCGGGCUGGUUGGCGCCAUCGAGGCUCGGGAGAGAGAAAAGCAGCAAAUUAAGCAAGGCAUCAACAGCGCGGCUGUUCAGAAUGCCAUUACCCAAAGACAACAGCAAGCUCUGUACGAGCAGCAGCUUCAUCAGGACCAGCUCGCCGCACAAUAUCGUGGUGGAUCUCAGCAAUACGGCGUGGGUCAACACCCUCAGCAGCAUCCUGUCCAGAUGCAGCAGCAGCAAAGCUGGGUAUCGCCCACCGCAAGUGUUUUUGCUCAGGGAGGUGGCUGGGUACCUUCAGCACCAUCACCAGGCUACGCCGGGAUCGAGCAGGGCCGACAAUCGCCAUCACAAUACCCUAAUCAACAUCAGUACUACACCCCGCAGCAGGGUGCACAUGGACGCGGUAAUGGGAGCGGAGGAUAUCGCGGGCACGGAUAG